AUGUCUCCAAACAACAUUGGUGUCCUUGCCCGACGAGGCGACCUUGAAGAUGAGCCUGCAGAGGAGGCCGAUGAAGGCGAGCGAUGCAAAGGCGACCAGUCCGGAGGCGCGAGACGAUUCGUGUCUACUUUGAGUGUAGGCAUGGACGUCCGCUGCCCGAUAGUGGGCGCACGACCAAUCCAUCCUAGCAUGCUCCCAGUGGAAUGUUCUUCAUUGAGGCCUGCUGGGAAGUUUGGAUUGUGGAUGUUUUCGGAGUUGAUGUGCAUCGGAUCGCUCGUAGACAACAUGUCAGGCAUGGCGUGGAAGGACGUCGAGUGA